CUGACAUCUGAAAUGUUUGAAGCCGAUCUUGAAAAAGCAUUGCUGCUAAGCAAACUGGAAUAUGAAGAGCACAAAAAGGAAUAUGAAAACGUUGAAAAUACUUCACCUCAGUCAAAGUCUGUGAAUAAGAAAGAGAAAAAGAACCAGCAAGGAAAAGACAAACCUCUCACUGUGUCUCUGAAAGACUUUCAGUCAGACAGUAAUAUAGAUAACCUUGCUAAAAAACAUGAGGAACUGAACUCUUCCCAGUCUUCGUUGCAUGAUAGAGGAUUUUUCAACAAGCUGGACGAUGAUGUUCACAGAAUACUUGAAAGAGAGAAAAGGAAAGUCCAGCUUGCUGAUUACAGUGAAACAGAUAACUGCACAUCUCGUGAACACAACCAGGAGACUACUUUGAGAGAUGGAAAAACAGAACGACUAAAGCUUGAGCUUGAAAAAAAAGAUGCAGAAAUUGAGCAACUGAAAAAUGUAAUAACUCAGUGGGAGGCAAAAUAUAAAGAAGUAAAAGCAAGAAAUGCACAGCUUCUGAAGAUGAUGCAAGAAGGUGAAAUGAAAGACAAAGCAGAAAUACUCCUGCAGGUUGAUGAAUCUCAAAUUAUCAAAAAUGAAUUGACCGUACAGGUAACUAUACUUCAUGCUGCAUUAGAGCAAGAAAGAUCCAAAGUGAAACUGCUGCAGGCAGAAUUAACAAAAUAUCAGAGUGGGAAAAAAGGGAAAAGGCACUCCGAAUCUGACCAGUGCAGGUGA